CUAUGUUUUAGCAUAAUGUAUGUUUCGUGUCUGUUUUGAUUUAGCUUGCUUUACAAGUUUUUGUUUUCCUUAACUACAACUUUUUAAAACCUACAAAGGAAUAUAUUUACUGUGAGAGACCUGGAUAUCUAGAAGCACUAGUACGUCGCUGAUACUUCACUGAUAAUUUCCGGCAUAUUGUAUUCAUUUUUAAAACGAGUUUUAUAAACUAUUAAACUUAUUUACUUUAAUACCAACGCCAUGCAUAUAUUCCCCGGAAAAUGUUUUUGCCACCGCCUUUCACAUUGGUGCUCCAUGCCGUGUUAUUGGGUGUAAUGUACCGAUGGUGCAGCACGUGCACUGUGCAAAAAGACAGCGAAGCAAAUUUAUUGCUUGACGACAUAAUUGCCCGUGCGAUUCCGUACCAGGAAGAUGACAAAGUGACCUUAAAAUUUCCUCAAGCUGCCACUGCGAAGAACGACCCCGUACCGAUUAUACGACGUCCACGUCUUGGCCAAAACGUUUCCUUCGGCUGUCUUGCAUCAACAGACAAAAAUUCCCGGGAUAUCUCCUUGACUUUCCAAGGCCGAACGCUGUUCCAGCACGGCGAAGCGCUGCCUGUGGAGAGCCUAAACAAUCAGCACUAUAACUUCGCCCAGUACGGUGACAGUUUGAUUUUCCAAAUUUUCAACGUGACUUUGCAGUCCAGUGGCGAGAUUGUGUGCUAUGAAGAAAGACUGACGAAAAAAACCGUAAUACGACGCUAUAGUCUAGUACCACUGGUCACCCAUGCUGAAGAGAUAUUCGCCCAGUCUUUGGUCCCGCAAACUAUUACCGAAGGCGACACAGCGGUUUUUACCGUUGCGGUUCGCUUGCCGCUAUCGCAGCGUGUACUGGAAAAAUUUCACAAUCAGUGCAUGUGGCGUCAUAAGGGGCGGCUGUUGAUUGUACCGAGGGAGGAACCUUACACGUCUUCACUGUCACCAACAUGGAUUCCUAGCAUGGUUCAGUACGGUGAAAUUCCCUCUAAAAACACAGUGGGAUCGAAUGUAUCCUCUCAGUUCACCUUUAGAAACGCCAAAACGGAUGCAACUGGUUUAGUGGAGUUUUGGUUUAGACCACACCGAGAGAUGCACGAAUGGAUAUACCGUUCGGCACAACUAACAGAAAUCCAUUUUUGGAAUAACGCACCGGCAUCCGGCUCUGCUCAUGCGAUUUUAUAGUGGAAAAAAUGAUUGCGUCAAGGCACACAAACAGUGGUGUUCCAUAUGGCUUGGGGUAAAUUGUGGCAUUGAAUCCUUCUGGCAGCUCAUGACGAAAUCAAGGAAAUUUGGGCUAAAAGAGGGAAAUAAGUACACAAUUUUGAGCCAGUGUGAGGAGCUUGUUUUCGAAAUUAAAACAGAAAAUGUGAUAAUUACGGCUGUUAAACGCGUAAGUAGUUUUAAUUUCAGUACCGUGUACUACGAAAGAGACUCCCUCCGAUGUCAUCCUGUGAAUGGCUCUAAGAACAGCACAUAACUUUAACGCAUAUGACGUUGUUUCAGUGCUACUAAAUUGCUGCAGCGAUCCGAUUUCAAACUUUUUUCUAAUCCGUAUUAAUUUGUAAUGCAAUAUUUAAUAACAUCAAUAAUUAUCACUUUGUUGACGCAGACAAUUGAGAUUAUUAUUUUCUUUCUACACUGAAUCAUAUUACAGAAAAUAUUCCUCAAGGCCGAAAAUUCCUGGAUCUGUUGCAAGCAGGUUUAUAAAGUGUAUUUCAACCGCGCGCGGUUCCCACUUGUGCCGAACAUUAAUUUUAUUCGCUCCUGUCGCUGCAUGCAUUGCAUUUGCAUAUUUCUACGUGCAUACCGUAUCAGUAAAAUGUCAUCACUGGGGGGUUCUAGCGGCCAAGAAAAUGGAAUGUCCGGCACAGUGUUAGGCCUUCCCUACUUAGUAUAUCUCUAUAUCUGCCUUGCGGCGUGUGUUGGGACAUUGCUCGCUUUUUUGGUCCCUUUCCUGUUCCACGCAUUAAUAGCGCGCUGUAAUAAAGGUUGCAGUUUGACCAAACAAGAUUACUUACACCUCAUGGAAUUGGGGAACAUCGUGGAGAAUCAGUCAACUUUGGAACACGGAUUGUCCGUGG